UUUGAAGGAAGACUUGUGGCUCAACGUUGAAGUGGGAGACAUCAUCAAGCUGGAGAACAAUCAUUUCGUGACAGCAGACAUCCUCUUGCUCUGCAGCAGUGAGCCCCACAGCCUGACCUACAUUGAGACGACGGAACUGGACGGGGAAACCAACCUGAAGGUGAAGCAGGCGCUGACCGUCACGGCGGGGCUGGGGGGGGACCUGCAGGCUCUGAGCAGCUUUAAUGGGGAAAUCCGCUGCGAAGCCCCCAACAACCGGCUGGGCAGGUUCACUGGGACCCUCAUUUUCAAGAAGGAGAAAUAUGCCCUGGACAACGACCAGCUGCUGCUGAGGGGCUGCAUCAUCCGCAACACCGACUGGUGCUUCGGGCUGGUCAUCUUUGCCGGGCCAGACACCAAGCUGAUGCAGAACAGCGGAAAGACCACUUUGAAACGGACCAGCAUCGAACGCCUCAUGAACUACUUGGUCUUGGUGAUCUUCCUCUUUUUGGGCAUCAUGUGUUUGAUCCUGGCCAUCGGCAACUGCAUCUGGGAAUACAACCAGGGAUACCGGUUCCAGGUGUACCUGCCCUGGGCAACGGAUGUCAAAUCCUCAUUUUUCUCUGCAUUUCUUGUGUUCUGGUCCUAUGUCAUCAUCCUCAACACCGUGGUGCCCAUUUCUCUCUAUGUCAGCGUUGAGAUCAUCCGCCUGGCCAACAGCUGUUACAUCGACUGGGACCACAAGAUGUACUACCCUCCUCACGACAUGCCCGCCCAGGCCCGCACCACCACCCUCAACGAGGAGCUGGGGCAGAUCAGAUACAUCUUCUCUGACAAAACGGGGACCCUGACUAAGAACAUUAUGAUCUUCAACAAAUGCUGCAUCGGUGGGAAGCUCUACGGAAGUACUCUGGAUUCAGAUGGAUUCCUGGUGGAGGACAUUGAGACAAUGGACAGAGUUGACUUUUCGUGGAAUCCUUUGGCCGACCCAAAGUUUGUCUUCUAUGACCGCAGACUGCUCCAAGCGGUGAAGGCCAGGGAUGAGUCCACACACACGUUCUUCCGCCUCCUUUCCCUCUGCCACACGGUGAUGCCAGAAGAAACGAAGGAGGGCACGUUGGUGUACCAAGCCCAGUCCCCGGACGAGGGGGCCUUGGUGACCGCAGCCCGGAACUUUGGCUUUGUGUUUCGCGCCCGCACCCCCACGACCAUCACUGUGGUGGAAAUGGGGGAAAUGGUGGUUUAUGAGCUGAUGACCAUUCUGGACUUCAACAAUGUGCGCAAAAGGAUGUCCGUCAUUGUGCGAAACCCGAAGGGUCAGCUGACUCUGUACUGCAAAGGGGCCGACACCAUCCUGUACAGCCUCCUCCAUCCCUCCUGCAAGGAGCUCGAGGAAGAGACCACCGAGCACCUGGAUGAGUUUGCUGGGGAAGGUUUGCGGACCUUGGUGGUGGCUUACCGACACCUGGAGGAGUCUUACUUUGAGGACUGGCGGAAGCGUCACCACAAGGCGAACACCAGCUUGCACGACCGAGAGGGAAAGCUGUCCAAAGUGUACGAGGAGAUCGAGAGGGAUCUGCAGCUGCUUGGCGCCACCGCCGUGGAGGACAAGCUGCAGGAAGGGGUCCCCCAGACCAUCGAGAUCCUGGGAAGGGCACACAUUAAAAUCUGGGUGCUCACCGGUGACAAGCAAGAGACCGCAGUGAACAUCGGCUAUUCCUGCAACAUGCUGUACGAUGCCAUGAAGGACAUCUUCAUCAUUCACGGAGACAGCUGGGAGGAAGUGGAGAUGGAGCUCAGGGCAGCAAAGGACCGGAUGCAAAUAGAUCUUGAAGUGAGGACGGAAGAACUGGACAUCGAGAGAUCGACCUCCUCCGGCUUCUGGAACAAAGAGCCCGCCAGCGGAGACUACGGCCUGAUCAUUAAUGGGCACAGCUUGGCUCAUGCGCUGGAGGGGGACCUCUCGGAGUUGCUGGUGGAGACGGCCUGCCUGUGCAAAACAGUCAUCUGCUGCCGGGUGACUCCGCUGCAGAAGGCCCAGGUGGUGGACCUGGUGAAGAAGCACAGGAAAGCCGUCACCCUGGCCAUCGGGGAUGGCGCCAACGAUGUCGGCAUGAUCAAAACUGCUCACAUCGGCGUGGGCAUAAGUGGCCAGGAGGGGAUGCAGGCGGUGAUGUCCAGCGACUUCUCCUUUGCCCAGUUCCGCUACCUGCAGCGGCUGCUGCUGGUCCAUGGCCGGUGGUCGUACAUCCGCAUGUGCAAGUUCCUGUCUUACUUCUUCUACAAAAACUUUGCCUUCACGCUGGUGCACUUCUGGUUCGGCUUCUUCUCCGGCUUCUCCGCCCAG